GGAGUAGAAAUGGUCCUCCGGUAUCUCUGUCCUUACAAGAACUGAUCUCGCCCCACGUAUAGGUCGGUUCUCAAAACGCUUUUGAUUUUGUGCCUGCCUUGUCAAUUAUUUUGCAUUUGGCGACGUAGCUAUCAACUGGGUGACCUGCAAUAUCCGAUACCUGGCAAACUAUUAUACUCGUAAAUGGAGCCGGAGUCAAAGGAACCACAAGUAACAGACCCCGAAGUUCAGCCCCGCGUGCUACGCGUUCAAUAUGCGGACGAGAUCGAUAAUCGACACUCGCGGUCCAGGGGUCGUCGUUUGUCCAUGGACAGUAUUCGAUCGAUGCACUCCAUGAGGAUUGUCGAGCCUAAAGUUGUCCUACCUACUCAAUUCAAGACCCUAUCUUUCAACGUUGAAGAGUCGAAUACCAGAGAUGCCAAAGAAGCACUGAGAUCAAAGAAAGCUAGCAAGUCCAAAGACGAAAAAGGAGUUGAGUUCGCCGAUACUGUCUGGCACCGCCUAGAUGAAGAUGAACUCUAUCAACGACUUUCAACUUCACCACUCCAGGGACUAGCCAAAGAACAAGUUGCAAGAAAGCUCAAGGACUAUGGACCCAACGUCUUUUCAUCGCCGCCAUCACAGUGGGCGAAGAAAACGUUUUUGUACUUGUUUGGAGGGUUUGGCUCCAUUCUGUUUGUUGCUUCAAUAUUGGUCUUCAUCGCAUGGAAGCCACUAGGUAAACCUCCUCAAGUUGCGAAUCUGGCUCUUGCGGUCGUGCUCGCCAUAGUUUGGGUCAUUCAAGCGUGCUUUUCAUUCUAUCAGGAUUGGUCCAGCUCUCGUGUCAUGGCUUCAAUCACUAGUAUGAUACCCGAUGAAGCAAUUGUUCUUCGCGACGGCCAACAAAUUCGUAUCGCUGGCUCAGAAAUUGUUCCCGGUGAUAUUAUAUAUCUCAGGCUAGGAAAUAAAUUGCCCGCGGAUGUACGCUAUGUCCAUGUCUCUGCUGACGCCAAAUUUGACCGUUCGGUUCUAACGGGCGAAACCGUUCCAAUUCGAGGCUCGACAGUAUCGACGGAUGACAACUUUCUCGAGACAGCCUGUAUUGGCAUGGCCGGAACUCACUGUGUGUCAGGCGAGGCUACUGGUGUUGUCGUCGCCACGGGUGACAACUCGGUCUUUGGUCGUCUUGCGAAGCUCACAAGCGCGCCCAAUACCGGUUUGACAAACCUGGAGCGCGAGAUAUACUACUUCGUCUCCGUCAUUGUCGGUGUCAUGCUCACGAUGGUUAUCGUAGUCAUUACCGUCUGGGCAACGUGGCUUCGCAAAGAUCACCCUAACUGGCUCAGCGUAUCGAACCUCAUAAUCGCCUGUGUUAGUGUUGCUGUAGCGUUCAUUCCGGAAGGGCUGCCCAUUGCUGUGACAUCUAGCUUGACAAUCACGGCGAACAUCAUGAAGCGCAACCAGAUUCUCUGCAAAAGUCUGAAGACUGUCGAAACAUUGGGUAGCGUGUCGGUCAUCUGCUCCGACAAAACCGGCACAUUGACUAGAAACAGUAUGACUGUCACCGACAUUAUGGUCGAACAACAAAGUUUGACUGCGGUGGCUGCAUCUGGCGUGAUGGAAACUAACGGUACAGCUAAACCGGUAUCAGCACCUGUCUUAACGCUGUCAUGCCUAUCGCUCAUAGGUGCACUCUGCAACGCGGGAGAAUUCGAUGCUGCAACAGUCUCUGAACCUCUUGCAUGCCGAAAGGUUUUCGGCGACGCGACAGACCAAGCGGUGUUACGCUUCGCUGAAAGUCUUCGCUCGGUCGCGGAGGCACGCAGCCAGUGGGCAAGUGUGCACCGGGUGGCUUUCAACAGUAAGAAUAAGUUCAUGGCUCAGCUUGUACGAUCGAGUGGAAUACAUGACGCUAGUUCAACCAAUUCGACUGUUCUUCUCACACUUAAGGGCGCACCCGACGUCCUUCUCCCGCGGUGUACUCACUACCUGACCUCUGCUGGCAUUAACGAGGCCAUCGACAGCGUGUACUCCACCUACCUUGAACAGACCAAAGACAGAUGGUCGCGCGAAGCUAAGCGAGUCAUUAUUUUUGCACAGAAGGAAAUUCCGACGGAGAAAAUGCCUGCACCAGACUCUUACGAAUUCGAAGACUGGAUCAUGGAGCAAGCAGCAUCCAGUUUGGGUAUCGUCGGUCUCGUCGCAAUCACAGAUCCCGUGAGACAAGAAAUCCCAGACGUCAUUCGUACCCUGCGUGGAGCUGGUAUCAAGUUUCACAUGGUUACUGGGGACUUCAGGCUCACUGCCCAAGCCAUUGCAGAGAAUUGCGGUAUAAUUACGGCUCACUCUGUCGACGAUAUCUCCGCUCUCUCGAGGUCAACAUCAGUUCCGUCGACUGCUGUGAGUUCCUACGGGGGCGUCGACAUGAAUCCUCAGAACCCUCGCGCCAUAGUUCUAAGCGGACCUGACAUGAUGCAACUCGACGAGGAUCAAUGGGAAAACCUCUGUGCCUACGAUGAAAUUGUCUUUGCCCGGACAACACCAGAACAAAAACUUCGUAUCGUGAAAGAGUUCCAAAAACGCAAGGAGACGGUCGGCAUGACAGGUGAUGGAGUGAAUGACGCACCUUCGCUCAAAGCCGCAGACAUUGGUAUCGCCAUGGGCGGGGGCUCUGAAGUUGCCAUUGAGGCCGCAGACAUGGUCCUGCUCGACUCCUUUGCCGCUAUUGUCGAGGCUGUGAAGUAUGGCCGUGUUGUUUUCGAUAACUUGAAGAAGACAAUCUGCUAUCUCCUCCCCGCAGGAUCGUUCUCAGAGUUUUGGCCUAUCAUGACCAAUGUCCUCUUCGGCCUACCACAGAUUCUAUCUUCGUUUCUCAUGAUCAUCAUAUGCUGUUUCACAGACUGCGCCGCAGCUAUAGCCAUCGCGUACGAGAAGCCAGAAGCCGACGUCCUCUUGCGCAAGCCACGUAACCCUGCGAAAGACCGCCUCGUCAACUUCAAACUCAUCGGCUACGCAUACGGCUUUAUCGGUGUCUUGCAAACUGUCUCGUCCUUUGCUAUGAGCUACUGGUUCGCCUCUCGCCGUGGUAUUACAUUUGGCACCUUAUGGUUCGGCUUCGGCACUGUGCCUAGCAACAUGUCGAUGGCUGAAUACACAAGCAUCCUCAAUACGGCAUCCUCGAUCUACUUUGUCACUCUCGUGGUCAUGCAGUGGUUCAACCUGAUGGCGGUACGCACGCGUCGUUUGUCCAUCCUACAGCACCCGCCGCUGUUCAGGGUGGAUACUCGUAAUGUGUAUUUGUUCCCAGCAAUCGUGUUUGCGUUGCUGAUUGCAGUGUUUUUCAACUAUGUGCCGACAUUCCAGCAAAAUCUUAGCACCAGCACGAUUCCGGUUGCGCAUUGGUUUCUGCCGAUGGCAUUUGGGAUGGCAAUCUUGUUGUUGGACGAAGGGAGGAAAUUCUGGCUGAGAAAAUAUCCCCAUUCGAUCAUUGCAAGGCUAGCUUGGUGAUUCAGCAGUUGCAAUGUACCCACACACUUUUCGAUGAUAACGGCACAGUUCAUAGGAUUAGACCUCACGAAUUUCUACAUAACUAACAAUCAUAGUUGCAAUACUUUAGCUCCAAAGAACUGUGUCUAUGAUUCC